AUGUUGGCUCGUUCUCUUCUCCUAGGUCGCGCGGAUGUGGUGACGGUUGCCAGCCGCGCUGCAUCGGCGGCAGCCACUCCAUCGAAACCAGCUGAUGCCGCGGCAAAACCAAAAGGACCAAAAGUGAAGACUUUUGAAAUUUAUCGUUGGAAUCCCGAAAAGCCAGGAUCAAAGCCCGUAAUGCAGGUACGCGAGAUGCAGGAGUUUUUCAUCAGUCGUGGGUAUACGAAUUCACUGUGA